AAAGGACUCAUUGUUUACAAAAAUAAAUAUUUCUCGUCACCAACAAAUAUCAUUAAUUUAACUGAGUUUUAAGCAAUUAAGGAUGACAAAGCUUAACGAAUGGGUCUUUGGACUGUCUGUAUUCUUUGGAAUUUAUAUGGCGUUAGUGACAAAACGUAUUAAACAUGAGAUAAUUGACGAUAACAUGUUCUUCAUACAAAUUUUACCAUUAAUUCUAGUAGUUUUACUUGGAAUCUAUGCAGUUACAACAGUGCUAUACAGAACGCUGACGUUUAAUGAAUGCAAAGAUGCAGCAAUGGAAUUACAGAAAGAGAUAUUAGAAGCACGAAAGGACUUAGCUAGCAAAGGAAUGAAGUUUACUUGAGUUAAUUUUUCUGUUAUCAAAGACUAAUUAAUUAAUAAUAAAAAUUUAUAAGAAAUACGAG